CUUCCUUAUCCUGUUUUCUUUAUCGGCUCAGCUUUUUCAAGGACUCGCCCAUCUCUCUCUCUCUCUCUGUCUCUCUCUCUUCAAGAUCAGAUUUUUCUUGCUUGCUUCUUGUUUAAAAGUGGCAAUAAUGGAUGUAAUCUCUCACAGAUCAUCACUGAAUCCCAAUGCUCCAUUGUUCGUCCCUCUGGCGUAUCGCGCAGUUGAGGACUUCUCUGACCAGUGGUGGAGCCUCGUCCACUCCUCCCCUUGGUUCCGCGACUACUGGCUCCAAGAAUGCUUCCACGAUCCCCAAUUUGACCCUGUCAUCAACGAUAUUUGCGACCUCGACUCUCUCUUCUUCGACGCCGGCGAUGAUACUUGUACCCACAAACAGGAGGAGGAGGAGGAGGAGAAUGAGCAUAGCAGGGAUUUGGUAUCAUUUGGGGUGAUGAAAUGGCAAGUGGGUCGAGCUCAGCUUGUUCAGGCACCGAGGCAUGCGGAGAAGGCACCCAAGAUUGUGACUGUGAAAAUGAGUCCACGGUUGAUUCAGCAACCGAGGUAGAUAACGUGAUUCAACGAGUUUGAGGAUGAUCGAGAUGGGUUGCUUUUGUAGUUGUACUGUACAUAAGACCCUGACUUCCAUUUACUCGUUUGUUUUCUGUAUUUCAUGCUCUGUGUAUCAUCCUGUAAGCUUUUAACUUCUACUCUAUUUCAUAAUAAAAGGAAAAUUUUCAUAUAAAAAAAA